AUUUGAUGAAGCCCACCAAACUACUAUCACUCACCGUGAAAAAACUAAUUACUACUAUUUGCCAGAAGUCAAUAUCCCUCCCAUUAAAAUUUCCCCUAAAGAAAUUAAAAAGGUCGUUCAAACUCUCCCCCUUUACCCUGUAUCAUUUCAGUAUUCAACCAGAUAUAU